ACAGAAAACACAAGAAAUACCCAAAUUGCCGAAAAGCCAAUUAAGGAAGGAACCGACGAAGGCAAAGGUGGUGGAAAUAAAGGGACGAGAAGGAAGAGAAAGAAGGCGGGAAAAGGUGGGGAAGGGUACAGGAGGUACGUGUACAGAGUGCUGAAGCAAGUUCACCCAGAGCUGGGGAUUUCGUUUCAGGCCAUGACCAUUCUCAACAAUCUCAUGACUGAUAUGUUUGAGAGGCUUGCGGAUGAAGCUACGAGGCUGAAGACGUACACGGGACGCGUGACAUUGUCUUCCAGGGAGAUCCAAGGGGCUGUCAAGCUGGUUCUUCCCGGAGAGCUUGGAAGGCAUGCCAUCGCUGAGGGUGCCAAAGCUGUCACCAAUUAUAUGUCCAGCGAAGAUGCUCGUCAGUAGUUUCAUUACUAGGCCUUUAGACUUUCAACUACUUUCAUGUUUUAGUCAUCAGUUGUUGUGAGCGGAUAUUAGUGUAGGUUUUGUUUAUUUUUAGGUUGUCUCCUUGUAGUAGAUUAGUUGAAUUUUAAGUUCGGUAGUUUGCUAUUCCCAGAAUUCUCCACUUGGACUAGGACUGAGUUUGUGGGAAGGGCAAUGUAGGAAAUGUGCGAUGGUGUAAUUAAGUCGGUAAUGUUAGUUCUAUGUUUC